UUGUGCGUUGUGUGUGAGAGAGCUACUAUGGAAUAGUUCCUUGUCUGCUUUUGACUUGCUGUGUGUGUGAGUGAAUGCUUGAGAGCCGAGCGUAAGCCAGCUUUGCCUCUGAACGCUCCUACGCGUGUACGCAGAGGCCCGUGUGUGCGUAACCUUUUCGGUGCUGUUCGGAGACGAACGUCCAAAGAUGGUUGAGCUCGUGCUCUUGGCAGUCUUGGGAUGAAUCCUGAGGAGGGAGAACCGUGCCAUGGGCGCGGGGGGUGGGGGGCAGAGGUGGCUCCGACUGGCGGCCGAAGCCCAAGAGGUGAGGAAGAAGGGGCCGCGUGAGGAGGGCUGCGGCGGCAGUCAAUGUUAUUUGAGCGGGCUCCCGAGGCCUUGGCGACCGCAGAGUCCAAGAUGCAGAAAACCGCCUACUACGACAACUCGGCGCUCUUCGGGGGCUACGGCGGCUACGGCAAAGCGGACGCCUACGGCUACACCUCGGCCCCUCCGCAGCCCUACGCCCAGCCUGCCCUGGACACCGACUACCCGGGCUCGGCCUGCUCCCUGCAGGGCACCGCCCCCAUCCGAGCGCCGCCCCCUCCGCCGCCGCCGCCGCCGCACAAGAGCGCCGACCUUAGCGGGAGCUGCAUGCGCACCGGGGGUGGCAGCCAGGCAGCCCCUCAGCAGCCCUCUGGCUUGGGCGAGCAGCAGCAACCGCAGCAGCAGCAACCACAGGCACCGCCCCCUUCUCUGCCCUCGCCUUCCCCGCCCAACAAUAAUUCCGCCCACGCGGUUCCCGCCAAAAAGGGCAAAGGCGGGCCCAACUCUGCCAGCGCCUCCAACGCCACGAUCAGCAAACAGAUCUUCCCCUGGAUGAAGGAGUCGCGGCAGAACUCCAAGCAGAAAAACAGCUGUGCCCCUGCAGGAGGAGAGAACUGUGAAGAUAAAAGCCCCCCAGGCCCUGCUUCCAAACGGGUCCGCACCGCCUAUACUAGUGCGCAGCUGGUGGAGUUGGAGAAGGAGUUUCAUUUCAACCGCUAUCUCUGUCGCCCACGCCGCGUCGAAAUGGCCAAUCUGCUGAACCUGACAGAGCGUCAGAUAAAGAUCUGGUUUCAGAACAGGAGGAUGAAAUACAAAAAAGACCAGAAAGCCAAAGGGAUUAUGCACUCCCCGGUAGGACAGUCCCCUGAUCGAAGCCCGCCUUUAAGCGGCCCAAAUCACGUAGGAUAUUCCAGCCAGCUCCCGACCGUCAACAGCCUGAGCUAUGACGCUCCGUCGCCAACCUCCUUUGCCAAAUCGCAGCAAAACAUGUACGGCCUGGCGGCUUACACGGCUCCUCUCAGUAGCUGUUUGCCCCAGCAGAAAAGAUACCCGGGAGCUGAGUAUGACCAUCACGCCAUGCAAAGCAACGGCGGCUUCGCAAAUCCCAACUUGCAGGGCAGCCCCGUGUAUGUUGGAGGGAACUUUGUUGAUUCCAUGCCAGCGUCUGGCCCGAUGUUCAACAUCAGCCAUCUUUCUCACCCUUCAUCCGCCAGCGUGGACUACAGCUGCGCUGCUCAGAUCCCAGGCAACCAUCACCAUGGACCUUGUGACCCCCAUCCCACAUACACAGAUCUUACUUCUCAUCACACAUCUCAGGGAAGGAUUCAGGAAGCCCCUAAACUAACGCAUCUGUAGUAGACUGGAACGGAUUCAGAAAGAGAGCGAGCGAGAAAGAGAGCGAGCGAGAGAAAGAGAUGAAAUGUACUAGCUUUUAAAUUACCUCACCUUUCCCCUGAUGUUACAGUCUUACUUUGAGUACCCUGAGUAAUGCCCCCCUCCCCCAGUCCCAGCUGCAUUGUCUAAUUUCUUUCUUUAGCGACUCAUGGAAAUUAUUGGGAGUUUUUGUUUUUGGUUCUUUUAAACUGUGUAGCCGUUUAAAAGCAUGACAGUGCAAUAUCCUUUAAAAAUACUCAUAAGGGAGUAAUAAUUCGUAAUGAUGUACCGAAAGGUAAGUUGUAGAGAUCCAUUAGUAUUAGCAGGGAGUGAGUCCUGAUGAGUUUACAACAGUUGGGACCAAAAUGGGGACUGAUUUUGGAUAAGUUAAUUUAUAGAAUUCAGCAAUGUAAAAGAUUGCAUUGGACUUAAAUAAGAUGUAUUUAUUAUUUCAAGAUGAACUUUUUGUUUUUUAAUCACUGCUUAUUUAAUCCUGGUCUCAAUGUAUUUAUGUGGAUAUUUGUAGACUUUCUUCACUUUCCCUUUCCCCCCUAACUUCGGAAGAUUGAUUCAGGUCUUUGGUGACUAUACAUUUUCACCUAUUUAGUAUAUUUGGUCUGAAAUAGAAAGAGUAGCUUUGAACAAUUGUAACAGUGGCUGGUGUUUGUAGUUUAUGUAAGGAUUAAGCAAACUGUAAGUCAAGUCAUAGAGUAAUACAAAAACCGAAGCAUUACACAAAGAGCCGUUACAUUUUUAAAAAACUUUAAAUAUAUAACACAUUAAUUUAUUUCA